AAGCGCAAUGGCAAUGCGCUUCUUUUGCACAUACUGCCGGACAAUUAUUAUUAUUGGUCUCGACCGUGCCACAGAGAGAGACAGAGACCCCAACCACCAAGUGAUCUUGGGGUACCUCCGCGCCACCGCCGCCAGUCAUUGAUUGCACUUGAAACGGUGAGCACAGACAACGCCAACCAGCCAGCGAUCGAUCGGUCGGACGGGACGGUCGACGUCAACGAGUUGUAAAUUUCGCAGUAUUUCGAAUAAUCGGCGACGGCGAGGACGCGAGAACCGUUUUGUGCGACAAUCGGAAAGUGAAGGCGUGCGCGAGCACGUGUGUUGAUAUUUUUUUUUCCAGAGAAAUUCCCGUUCAGUGCGAUGUUUAAAAUGAAAGCGAAAUCAAAGAAAAAGGUCGUCAUACGACCUCCGGCAAAGCCAUUCAUCAGUGGACACUUGUGGAAGCCACCGACAAUUCUAAACAGGAUGCCGGAACCGGAGGGCGUCAAGCAUAUGCUUGAGAUGGACAAGGACCUGCCACCGAAGAUCUCCGAGGUGGCCGCCAAGCAGGGCGAGGAUCCGGAAAAGACCUGCUUGAAGAUUCAACAACUGCGGGAUAUGAUCUAUGAACUUGGAGGAUGCGAACCACACCGGAUGGAUGAUGACUACCUGUUGAGAUUUCUCAGGGCACGCUUCUGGAAAGUAGAGAACUCUUACAAGCUGAUGUGCCGUUACUACGAAUUCCGCGAACACAACACGGACCUGUACGAGAACGUCAACCCGAUGACCUUGCGUUCGCUCGGAGACGAUAACAUCAUCACAAUCUCGCCGUACCGAGAUCAGGAAGGUCGACGGGUGCUCUUCUUUAAAUUCGGAAAUUGGCGGCCGUCAAAAAUUCCCCUCACAGACUUGUUCAAGGCGACGCUCCUGAUGCUGGAGGUGGGCUCUCUGGAACCGAUUUCCCAGGUUGUCGGAGGCAUUGGCAUCAUGGAUCUGGAGGGGCUCUCGCUGAACCACGCUUGGCACAUGAGCCCCUCGGUGGCGCAGAAGAUCAUCGCACUGCUGGUGACCUGCAUGCCUGUCCGGACCACGGCCAUCCACAUCGUCAAUCAAGGCUGGGUGUUCGACACCGUAUUCCAGAUGUUCAAACCCCUGCUGAACGAUCGGAUGCGCGAGCGGCUGUUCUUCCACGGUACCGACCGGGCCUCUCUACACAAACACAUCGACGCGGAAUUCCUACCGGAACGGUACGGCGGAACAAAGCCCGAAUACCCGUACACCUACUGGCUAGAUCACCUGUGCGGAAACGAAAAAGUGGUGCACGAGCUGGAACAGCUCGGGUACGUGGCCGAUCCGGCCAGCGAGGAAUGACCAAAGCCACGCCCGAAACGUGGGACACACGUGACUGUGAUCGAUGAAUUUGUGACGUGCUGCUGCACGAUUUGCUGCAGCAUGUAGGUAGAUAGUGUUCAUGAUACGGGGGACUCCCGCGAUACUCUAGAGGGUUAGCGAAAUUGCCAAAUUUGUGCCUUCGUUUACAGUUCGUAGAUAUGGGAAGAAUGCGAGCCUUUGUUGGCUAUGCAUUAGUUUUAAUGUAAAAUAGUGUGAACUUAUACAAAUCAAUAAAUGAUAUUCCUAAUUGAA